AUGUGCUUCUGGACAAAGCUUUGCGUAUUUUGGAUGCCGCUGUUCCUUCUACCUAACCCUGUUCCCUUCGUGGAGGCAGACAAGCCCUCAACCCAGGACAGCAGCAGCACAGGGAGUCCGAGCCGCCGUGCAGGUUGGCUCCAGGUCCUCUCUGCUGGCGACCUCCCGCCCCUCAACCACUCAAGAAGCCUCAUCAAAACAUUGCUGGAGAAAACUGGGUGCCCACGGAGGACAGACAGAAUGCAAGGAGAUUGCAAUCUGUGCCUUGAACCCGAUGCAUUGUUACUAAUCGCUGGAGGGGGUUUGGAAGAUGAGCUAAGAGAGGAAGUAGUCCAGAGAGUGUGUCUUCUCCUGCUCUACUACAUUAUUCAUCAGCAAGAGAUCUGCGCUUCUAAGCUCAACAUGAGGAAUAAAGAGUAUAAGUUUUACCUGCACAGCCUACUGAGCCUCAGGCAGAACGAAGACUCCUCUUUCCUGUCGCAGAAUGAGACAGACGAUAUCUUGGCUUUUACUAGGCAGUACUUUGACACUUCCAGGAGCCAGUGUAUGGAAACGGAAACACUACAGAAAGAGUCUGGAAUCCUAAGCAGCGAUGGUGCGGAUGAAAACACACUUCCUCAGCUGGCGGAGAUGAUCAUCGCGUUGUCCCUCCAAGGUGUUUGUCUGGGGCGAAGAAGCUUGCCUUCCCCAGACUAUUUUACAGAAUACAUUUUCAGCUCCUUGAAUAGUACCCACACUCUCCAUCUAGCGGAACUAGACCAACUCCUCAACAUUCUCUGGACCAAAAGUACCUGUGUCAAAAAGGAUAAAAUCCAUCAACUUCAAAGGAAACAGAACAAUAUGACCAUCCGUGGGCGGGGCUACUUUAAUCUAUCUGCAUCCAUGGACAAAGAAUCAGAUGACGGUCUUAUUUCCUGGGAUCAGACUUGCUUCUCUGCUGAGCAGCUGGUGGAAGUAUUUCUACAGGACAGCCUCUCACCCAUUUCUAAGGAGGACUUCAUGCAGAUGAGCCCAGGAAUCAUCCAGCAACUGCUCAGCUGCUCUUGCCAACCACCCAAGGACCAGCCAACAAAUCUGCCACCCAGUACUCUGGAGAAAUACGGCUACAGCACCGUCGCGGUGGCGCUUCUCACGCUGGGCUCCAUGCUGGGGACGGCGCUGGUCCUUUUCCAUGGCUGUGAGGAAAACUACAGCCUCGUGUUACAGCUCUUUGUGGGCUUGGCCGUUGGGACGCUGUCUGGGGAUGCCCUGCUGCACCUUAUCCCUCAGGUUCUUGGUUUACAUAAGCAGGAAGCCCUGGAGUUUGGACACGCCCAUGAAAGCAAAGGUCAUAUUUGGAAACUGUUGGGGUUAAUUGGAGGCAUCCAUGGAUUUUUCUUGAUAGAGAAAUGUUUUAUUCUUCUUGUAUCACCAAAUGCCAAGCAGGGCCUGUCACCAGUUAAUGGGCACGUGGGGCAUUCCCAUCAUGUUACACUCAACUCUGAAUUAAGUGACCAGUCAGGCAGAGGCAAAUCUGCUUCAAUGAUCCAGUUGAAAGGCCCAGAAGAUUCACAGGCAGCUGAAAUUCCUAUAAGCAGUAUGACAGCCUCCAACAGAAAAUGCAAAGCCAUUAGCUUGUUAGCGGUGAUGAUACUGGUUGGGGACAGCCUGCAUAACUUCGCCGACGGCCUAGUGAUAGGAGCGGCCUUCUCAUCUUCCUGUGAGUCAGGAGUGACCACGACAAUCGCUAUCUUGUGCCAUGAAAUUCCACAUGAAAUGGGAGACUUCGCAGUGCUCUUAAGCUCUGGACUUGCCGUGAAGACUGCCAUCCUGAUGAAUUUCGUCAGCGCCCUAACUGCCUUCCUGGGACUCUACAUCGGCCUCUCGGUGUCUGCUGACCCGUGUGUCCAGGACUGGAUCUUAACUGUCACUGCUGGGAUGUUCUUAUACUUAGCCUUGGUGGAGAUGCUUCCUGAAAUGACUCAUGUUCAGACACGACGACCCUGGAUGAUGUUUCUCUUACAGAACUUCGGAUUGAUCCUAGGUUGGCUUUCUCUCUUACUCUUGGCUAUAUAUGAACAAAAUAUCAAAAUAUAAGUUAGGAUUCUCAAAAUCCUGAAAAAAUGAAUUUUUACAGUAUCAUUACUUUACUUUGGUUGUAUUCUACUGAUUUGUAAGUUUUUUUAUCUUAUAGUAUGUAUCUUUUAGCUCAUUAACUUAUUAAUUUAAUAAUGCAAUUUUGGUUUUAGAAAUAUAUCAAAGUCAGGCUAUCCAUAAUUGAAAUUUUGUGUUUUCAGCAACUUUAUGGAAUGUAUGCUUUUUUUAGUAAUUAGUAAAUUCUGAAUUAAUUCUAAUGACUUAAAUAUAUUGUUUUUGUAAGACAGAUUGUUGUGUUUGAAAUGAACAGAUGCUGGUGGAGAUAAAAUCAGCUGCAACUUCUUUGAUGUCAGUAAUAUACUUUUUUUCUGGGAGAUUAUAAAGCAUAAGCAAAGUAAA